AUGCGUCCGACCCCUCGCUUCCCGUGCCGAGAUGCUCCUCACCCAGCACCUCCCCCAAGACACCCUCACGGGACCCUCGUCCCCAUCCCUCGCAUCUACCUCCUAUUCUUCCUUCCUCCUCCCGGUAAACACCCCUCCAAGGGCCCUCCUCACUCUCCCAUCCGUGCGAUCUCUCCUCGGACCCCGGGGCCCUACCCGCACCCCCGCGGGCCUCUGCCUAGCCCCCGACACCCCUCAGCGCACUCAUCUGCCAGACUCCUCCUCACGGCCUUCGCACCUCAGGCCGCUCACCCCACUCAUCCUCCCAGGCCUUGUGACACCCCCACAGACCUCGGCCCUCACAUCUACCGCCAGGACCCCUCUGGAAGCCCCUACACCCGAAGCCCUUCCCCCCGCCACCGUCUGCCCAAGAACCCCUCCCGCCCUCCACCCAGCGUUUCGGUCUCACCCCGCACCCCUCUCCCCCCGGGGCUGGCCGGCAGCGGCGGCGGCGGAGGCCGGUCCCCCGGCCGGGACACACCCACCCGCCCGCCCUCCUGCUUUCCCUCGUUCCCUCCCUCAUUCCCUCCCUCUCUCCCGCCCGCCCUCGCUCCUCGCUAG